UCUCUUCUCUUCAUUCAUUUUCGUAAACAUCAAUACCAGGCCUUCUCAUCGUUUAUAAUACACUAUAUAUGUCAUAUAGCAAUUCUUAUUCUUCAUUUCCAUUUUUAUUCGCGUCAUCAACACUGUUUGUUUUGCAGUUGUAUGUUAAAAAAAAGUUGCUCGUACGAAUACAACCUCAAAUUUUCGAUUCGAAGACAACGAAAACAUGCGAACACAUACACAUAUGACCGUGUCGUACACACCUAAUUCGAAGGAAAUUGUGGCAUCAUAACAAAAUAAAUUGUUUUGUUUUCAUUUUAUUUGUUUCGUGAGUCGGUGCAAAGUUUUUUUUAGACAUAUUUUUCAUUUUUACUCCAUUAUUGAUGAGUCAUUAAAUUUAAACGAUUCUAUUUUUUACUAUCUUUCAUUUUCCUGAUGAAAAAAACUAAUAUUUUAUUGUAAUUUGACAUAAGAAACAUUGGAUUUAUGGUUCAACGAAUGUCAAAUGUAAAUAUAUAGAAUGAGAUCACCACGUAUAUGAACUACAUUGAUCCAAUACUAACACAUUGAUGCCCGAACAUCAUUUCAAUGAAUCAAAAUUUUCACUCAACAGUCGAAAUCAUAGUGAGGAUGGUGCUAUAUUGGAUUUGGGAUUUGUUCAGUGCAUCAAAUAUAUUAUUGGUCAUUUUAACAUUGACCAUAUUAUUAGUGUACAAUUUCAUAUUCAAAAAUUGGUGGUAUUUCUCCGAUCGAAAUACAAAAUUCAUACGAGGAUGGCCGCUUGUUGGUUCGUUACACGAGUUUUUCUUCGGUAAACUAUCCUUCACCGAUACCGUCACUUCGUUUUAUCGCAAAUUUCCGAACGAAUCAUUUUUUGGCAUUUAUGAGCUCACACAUCCGAUAUUCAUCGUUCGAGAUCCAGAUCUGAUAAAAAAGAUCACCGUCAACGAUUUCGAGCACUUUUUAAAUCAUCAAGGUAGUUUUGAUGAUCAUUUGGAUUCACUGCUGUCACGAAGUUUGUUCUUUAGUCGAAAUCAAAAAUGGAAAGAUAUGCGAUCAAUUCUAACGGCUUCGUUUACUGCAAAUAAAAUGCGCAUGAUGUUCGACCUGGUCGUUGGUUCCACUAACAAAUUUGUCGCAACACUACGGAAUCAAAACAACGCUGAAAAUGACCUUGAAUUUGAGUUGAAAGAUUUAUUCACGCGAUAUACUACGAAUGUGAUUGCAACGACUGCCUUUGGAUUGGAAGUGGACGCGUUGACGGAUCGUGAGAAUGAGUUCUAUUUGGCGGGCAAAAAAAUUACCAACUUUGAUGGCAUUCAAGGUUUAAAGCUUCUCUUGCUUGAUGUCAUACCAAACGUCAUUAAAUUAUUGCGAAUUCAUUUCUUGGAUGAGGGACUUUGCAAUUAUUUCAGAAGCGUUGUAUUGUCGACAAUGAAGUAUCGAGAGCAAAACAAUGUUUUUCGACCAGAUAUGAUUCAUUUGAUGAUGCAAGCCAGGAAAGGAACACUCCACGAUGACGGAGAUACAAGUGCCGUAAAGAAAUACGAUUGGGAAGACGAUGACUUAGUGGCUCAGUGUGCCGUUUUCUUUUUCGCUGGCUUUGAAACUUCGUCGACGUUGCUUAGUUUCAUGGCCCACGAAUUGGCUUGCAAUCCAAGCAUUCAGCAAAAGCUUUAUGACGACAUAAUUGCCAUUGAAAAACAGCUGGGUGGUCAACCGGUUACUUAUGAAACCAUGAAAGAUUUCAAGUACAUGGAGAUGGUUGUAUCGGAAACAUUACGAAUGUGGCCACCACUAUCGCAGUUUGAUCGACAAGUAACAAAACCAUAUCGUCUGGAAGGAAAUGAUGGAACUGUGGUUCAGCUAACAACUCGUGAUGCUGUCUGGAUACCAGUUUACGGUAUUCAUAUGGAUCCAAAGUACUGGGAAGACCCAACACGAUUCGAUCCUGAGAGAUUUAACGAUGAAAAUCGUAAAAACAUCCGCAGCGGUACCUAUUUGCCAUUCGGAAAUGGCCAAAGAACUUGUAUUGCCUCUCGUUUUGGCAUGAUGGUCGCCAAAAAAUUCUUCUUCCAUUUACUCCGCGAAUUGCGCAUCGAAAAGUGUAAUAAGACACCGGACCCCGUCAUUCUUAAACCGAAUUCAAUUAAUAUGCACCCAAAAGAUGGCUUUUGGGUGAGAUUUGUACCGAGAAAUUGGGACGAUGAUGACUUGGUGGCCCAGUGUGCCGUUUUCUUUUUCGCUGGGUUUGAAACUUCGUCGACGUUGCUUAGUUUCAUGGCCCACGAAUUGGCUUGCAAUCCCAGCAUUCAGGAAAAGCUUUAUGAGGACAUAAUUGCCAUUGAAAAACAGCUGGAUGGUCAACCGGUUACUUAUGAAACCAUAAAAGAUUUCAAGUACAUGGAGAUGGUUGUAUCGGAAACAUUACGAAUGUGGCCAACACUAUCACAGGUGGUGGAAGGAAAUGAUGGAACUGUGGUUCAGCUAACAACUCGUGAUGCUGUCUGGAUACCAAUUCACGGUAUUCACAUGGAUCCAACGUACUGGAAAGACCCAACACGAUUUGACCCUGAGAGAUUUAACGAUGAAAAUCGUAAAAACUUCCGCGGCGGUACCUAUUUACCUUUCGGAAGUGGUCAACGAAUUUGUAUUGCCGCUCGUUUUGUCAUGAUGGUUGCAAAAACAUUCUUCUUUCAUUUACUCCGCAAAUUGCGCAUCGAAAAGUGUGAUAAGACACCGGACCCUGUCAUUCUCAAACCGGAUUCAAUCAAUAUGCACCCAAUAGAUGGCUUUUGGGUGCGAUUUGUACCGAGAAAUUGAUGUUUCAAGCUCACAUUUUGAUAAUGUACUGUGUUUAGUCAAUGAAUUGAUGUAACCUCGUCUAGUUAUCUCUCCAAUAAAGUGAUUACAUUGAAA